CCAUGGUUUCCCAGCUCAGAACAGCAGUGCCCCUUACACUCUGACCAUGUCAAAAACCAGUUACCUGUCAGGAGAGAAAAUCACAGUCACACUCCAAAAUACAUCACAAGAGUACCCUAUCGAAGGUUUUCUGAUCCAAGCCCGUGAACUGGACAGUAACACUCCUCUGGGCUCAUUCCAAAUCAGUGGCUCAGAAGUACAGACCCUAACUUGCACCACUGCUGCGAGUGCAGUGAGUCACACAUCUGACAACACCAAAACUAGUGUGGAGGUGACCUGGAUCGCACCAGGGAAAAACAUCUCAAACAUCCAACUCAGGGCCACAGUUGUGAGAAAUACAUCUAUUUUCUGGACAAAUGUUGCUGGACCAAGUCUCACAUAUGCUGGUUCUGGAGGAUCCCACAUAAUGGCUUCCCUGUGUAUUACAUACAUAUCAAUAUUGUUCAGGAUCCUGCUGACAUUCUUUACACAAUUAUAAAACAACUGAAUGAAGAUCUCAAGAUCAUCACAUUUGGGUGGAGGAAUAUACAAGAAAGCAGAAU